CUUCCGGUAAAUUUAGAAAAGUCAAUUUUGCAUUUUUAAAAGUCAACAAUGUAAGAAAUCGCCAUAUCUACAGUAGAGUGUUCUUACUUGGUAAAUGAAAAGGGAAAAUUAACUUUCUGCAUGGUUGAUAUACAUGUAUAUAAUAAUUAUUUAAAAAGGAUGAGAAUUUAGAAAUUAUAACUGACCAGAUUAAGUUGGUCAGUAAAUUACGUUGAAGAUGAGUAGUACUAGUUCUAACAAUGUGCCAUAUCAUAUAGUGACGGAAAAUGUAACCGAACACACCACAGUAUUGACAGAGCCUCAUUCCACAUCAUCUAGUCAUGUCUUAGCUUACGUUCUAGUUCCUGUGGGAUCUGUGAUCCUUGUUGCACUGUUAGCUCUCAUUGCAGUUAUAAUUUUCAGGAAAAACAGAAUGGACAAGUUGAGACACCAUUUAAUGCCUAUGUAUAGUUUUGACCCUAAUGAAGAUGCUGACUGGGAAUCAGAAUUGUUAGAAGAUCAGGAUAAUGAACAGCGUUUAGCACUAAGGAUAGAGACUCCAAGUCCAGAUGGUGCCCCAAUUUAUAAGUUUGGGACCAAAAGAAAAUAAUCAAUCAUCAGUGGCGCUAAGUUUGUAAAAGGUCAAAUCAAUUCCUAGUUAACUGAAGACAUUUUUAUAUUUAUUCAGAAGAAAGGAUAAUUUCUGCCAUUGUAUAAUAAUCACAAGUAUUUAAUUGUUAAAGUUUUAUUUGUUACUGUUAAGUUUCUUAAAAGAGUCACUAGUUAUUUUUUAAGUGUUUCUACAUGGUUUGUUUAUUAAUUUUACAGUAUUUUAAUGAUAUAAUAUAUCGAUGAUAUCAUUUGUUUGAAUCUCAUUUUAUUUUGCUUUUUUAUAACCAUAUUUUAUUUUAUUUUCAAUGUUUUGCCAAUUUGAUAUUUAUAUAAAAGGAUAAAAAUAUAUUUUUAAUAAUUUUACAUAAUAUGUUCUUUUUCUGAAUUUGUUUUAAGAUAAAAAAAAAAUUGUCAUUUUCCGACUACCAAACAUCUCACUAUUUAAAUAUCAGAGAAAUCUAUCGGGCAUUUAAAGUAUUUUUUUUUACAAAUUCUGAUUUAUAUGAUGUCUUACACAAACUAAUUGAUAUAGUAAGGCAAAUGUGACAUUUUUCUCUAGGUAUCUCAUAUUUAUUGGAAAAAGAAUGCUAUUAUUACUUAGAUGACAAAAAAUAGCAAAAACUAAUCCAGGUAUCAAAUUCUUUAUCAUUUUGUAUAUUUUAAAUAUUAAGAUAGCUCUAGUAAGUUUAUAUGCAGGAUCAACUAAUGAGUGGUGUGGGUUAUUGUUUUAUACGAUAUUUUUUCAGUGCUUUUUACUUUAGAAAACUGUCAAAUAUUUUCUAAAAGUACAAACUUGUUCCAUUUACCUUAUUCUAUGUCAUCAUAAUAUGCUUGAAACACAUGCCACUGGGCAUUAUGAUAUCAGCAAUCAUCAUAUUUUUGUGUUAUAUUCUUACUGUAUGGGAUUUUUAACUAUAUAAAAUUGA